AUGCUUCAUCUUCCCUCCAAAUUGGCUUCUCUGCCUGGUAUUCAUCACGCUCUUUACGCGGAUGAUAUCACAAUCUGGGCCACGCAAGGUAACCUGGGCCACAUGGAGUCCUGCCUGCAAGCAGCAGCGACCGUAGUCGACGACUACGCAACCUACUGCGGACUCCAGUGCGCCCCAGCUAAAUCUGAAUUUGUGCACGUACGUCUCUCCCCUCGGGACACAACUCAGCUACGCAUCAUUCUCCCCUCGGGACCGAUCCGGGAGGCCAAGGAGAUCCACGUCCUUGGCCUCUUCAUACACCACCACCGCAGGGCCGACACCACCCUGGCCAAGCUCCGCAAGGUGGGAGACCAGGUGGGCCGCAUGGUCAGCCGUGUCUCCAACAAGCGGGGCGGAUUACGAAGCAAGGAUGCAUUGCGGCUUGCCCAUGCUUUCGUAACGAGUAGAAUCCUCUACUCGAUCCCCUACUUGCACCUGCGCAAACACGAUGAUGACCAAUUGGAGGUCAUCCACCGGAAAGUCAUCAAGCGGGCUCUCGACCUCCCGCUCGCUACAUCCAACCAGAGCCUUCUGGCCCUGGGCUUGGUGAACACUUUCCGGGAGCUUCGAGAAGCCCACUUAGUCAACCAAUACACGCGUCUUGCACAGAACCCGUCUGGUCGCCGCCUCUUGGACCGGCUACACAUCAAACACGACUACCACAUUGAGGAAAGGGUGAGAGUGCCUGAACCCUGGAGACGGUCCUCCGGGUCCGACCCCUUCCCCGCAACAUGUCCAGAGAAGACCAUAGCGGUCGUCGCCGGGCGCGUGCGGAAGCGUUGCGGCGACACUAUGGUCACCAAAAAACACGUGGGCCUUCUGGACACGUGA